UUGAGCUUGAAGGAUGUGGAAAGGUGCCUCAAGCUUGAACUCGAUGUCAUGGACACAGAGAUGAAAGAUGUGCAGCCACUCCCCCUUUCUCCUCACCUAGUGACUACACUAGAUAGGAUGGAAAGAGCGUUUGGCCACUCCAGGAUCAAUGAGGCCAGUGCACGGUGGAUCGUUAACUCGGUCAACUUUGAAGCAUAUGAGAUGACAACGUCGACCAUCAAGAACGCACAGCCUUUGAGUGUUCAGUGCGAACGGGGCUACAGAUUCGGUCCUGUGACCCUCAACCACCGAAAGGUUGUCUUGUCAGGCCGACCAGAUUAUAGCGUCUGGUACGGAGAGAGCGAAUCUUUAUGCUUGAAUGUUCUGGUUGUUGAAGCAAAGGGACAGAUCAAAGGGACAAACACCAUCUCUCAACUCCUUGCAUGUAUGGGCUGCAUCCACCAAGCCCGGAAACACGAGGGGAAACGCAACUGCGGAGUCUAUGGAAUGGCCUAUACUGGCUACAGUUGGCAUUUUCUCAAAAUCAGCCAUGAGUCAAAGUGGUCAGAACUUCCUGUCAUGGGCCGUCGGGCUCAUCUGGAGCAGCCAUUGGGCCUCCUUGUGUGGAUGUUCAAAAGAGCAGUCCGUCCCAUUCAAAAGAAACGUCAGCAGAAACUGAGAACGAGGUGGUGUCAGAUGAAAUGA